UUUGUGCUCCGCUUUUUUUUUUUUUCCUUUCCCAAACAUAUUUGCUGCUGCCAGGAUGAAGACCACCUCCUGCUUUUCCUCCGCCAGGUUUCCCUCCUUUUUCUUUCUGCUGCAGGUAUCCGCCUAAUUCUACCUCAAAAUGGAUGACUGUUGUCUUUUUUCUGCCUGCCCAUGUUGAGCCGGGAGAUUAGAGCAAUCAGAUUAGGAGUGCUGCUGACCUGCAGGCACAGAUAGAGAGAGAGAGAGAGAGAGAGGGUGGGCAGUCCGAAGUCAUCUUCUUCUUCCCAGCUUAAUGUUUUGCAUGACUUCAGCUUGUUUUUGACCCCGAUUUUCUUGAUGUUGUUCGACUUUAUUGUUAUUCUGUGAGCAGGUUCUUCUCAGUCUGAUGACCCCCUCCAGGGGUUGAGCUGCAGAGUAAUGAAGACAGGCUCGCAAAUCCGCCUGUUACUAUGGAAGAACUGGACUCUUCGCAAAAGACAAAAGAUUCGCUUGCUGGUGGAGAUCUUCUGGCCUGUGCUGUUAUUCAUUGGUUUGGUGUGGCUGAGGAAGGCUAAUCCCCUCUACCAGCAGCAUGAAUGUCACUUCCCCAACAAGGCCAUGCCAUCAGCAGGAAUUCUCCCCUGGAUCCAGGGGAUCUUUUGCAAUGCCAACAACCCCUGUUUCAGAUAUCCAACACCAGGAGAGUCACCUGGUGUUGUUUCCAACUAUAACAACUCGGUUUUGGCUAGAUUCUACGUUGACAUCCAGGAGAUUCUGCUCAAUGAAACAGAGAUCCGGCAGUUUGGUAGGCUUUGGCAAGAGAUAACGUCCUUCUCAAACUUUAUGGAGACCCUACGCAAUAAUCCCUCUGCAGUUGCAGGCCGUGGACUGAGGAUUGAUGACAUUCUAAAAGAUGAUGAGGUCCUUACAGCCUUCCUGUUAAGAGACGCAGGCUUUUCUGAGUCUAUUGUUUACCAGCUUGUCAAUGCCCGAAUACGUCUGGAACAGGUAAAGCUCUAA